CCGGUGUGUGUUCUUAUUCACUUCUUGCGCGGACUAAGGGUCCAGGUGCAAACCAGCAAUACUCGAGUAAUACGUAUCAGAAUGGCGACGGUUGCUACGAGCCCUCUUGCGGGACUGUCAUGUCUGUGGCCUGAUGGUGCAGAAAAACCCUCUCUACAGUCGUGGAUACAGUGGAAAACAUCUUUCCAACAUCAAAUGACUCUCUUUCUUGUGUUAAACCCCUCUAUCGUGUUAUCCGAUACCCAUUGGAUUAUGUUAUUCCGCCAAGCCCUUGGAUCAGAAGGACAACGUCAUUUUGACGCUAUGAACUUGAUGGCUAAGACCAGUAUUGUGCACGUGAUCCAGUUGUUUGAGGAAUUGUGGGGAAUCCAACAAAGUGUGUUUUCCGCUCGUUAUCAGUUUUUCAAGCUACAGCAACGAUGCGGAGAAAGUGUAAAUGAUUUCAUUGCCCGCAUUCAUCAAGCUACACCGGAAUGCCGGUACAAUACCAUUCCCUCAAGUCGGUUUGAAGAAGUCAUGAAAAUCCAGUGCCUAAUUGGUGGAGUUACAGAUGAUGGUGCGAGGGAAAAAUUAUUGUCACAGGAGGAAGAAACCCUUUCCUGGGAAAUGGCGUGUAACCUUGUACGUCAAAGGGAAAACCUAAAAUCCCAACUAUCCACCUUCAACCCUCCUCAGCCUGUGGAAUGUGUAAACAAACUGUCACCACGGUUAUCCUCUGAAAACAGGGUACGGAAGUUCGUCUGCUACCGAUGCGGGGAUCAGCACACUUCUCCCACCCAGUGUCCUCAUACUCGCACAAAGUGCAGAAAUUGCGGAAAACUUGGCCACCUGGCACGUGUUUGCCGUUCCCCACGGUCACAAGUCUCGAUCAAAUCAUUGAACUCCGACGACGGUGAGUGCCCAGAUUCCCAGCUA